CCAGAAAUCCACCUCCCCCACAUACAUACGCCAUGAUCUCUGCCCGUACUGUCCGUCUCGCCCAGUUGCCAGCCCGUCGUUUCAUCUCCACUGCUAACGCUGCCACUGAGUACACCACCUUGUCCAACGGUGUCACCGUGGCUACCGAAACCAACCCUAACGCUGCCUCCGCCACUGUCGGUUUGUGGGUUGGUGCCGGUUCUCGUUCCGAGCACCAAUACAACAACGGUUCCUCCGCUUUGUUGCAGAAGGUCUUGGUUGCCGCCAAUGCCACCGAAGCCGCUUCCCAGGGUGUCCUCUUGGGCUCUCAGACCACCAGAGAAACCACUGCCAUUUAUGCUCACUCCACCAACGCCAAUGCCGCUACCGCCGCCUCUUUGAUUGCCCAGAUUGCCUCCCAGCCAAAGCUCGACGACACCACCGUCGCUGCCCAGCGUGAAUUGGCUGUCCAGACCGUCGAGGCCUUGGAACAGAACGCUCCGUUUGCCGUUCUCGAACACUUGCACGCUACCGCAUUCCAGGGUACCCCAUUGGGCUUGCCAGUCAACGGUACCACCGACUCCAUUCCAAACUUGCAGUCCACCGACUUGGAAGCUUUCUACAAGAAGAACUACGUUUCCUCUAACGCCGUCAUCGCUGCCUCCGGUAACAUCAACCAUGCCGAGUUAGUUACCGCCAUUGAAAAGAACUUAAAGUUGGCCGCCGACGCUGCCCCAGUCACCGCCGCCUCCGCUUUCUUGGGUUCUGAAGUCAGAUUCAGAGACGACACCUUGCCAAAGGCCUACUUCGCCAUUGCCGCCCAGGGUGAGUCUUUCUCUUCCCCAGACUACUACGUCUCCAAGGUUGCCGCCUCUAUCUUUGGUGACUACGUUGCCACCGAGCAGACCUCCACCCAGAGCGGCUCUAAGUUGGCUGCCAUUGUCUCUGCCAAUCACUUGGCUGACAAGUUCACCCACUUCUCCACCUCUUACACUGACAACGGUUUGUGGGGUUUCGCCGCUGAGACCUCCGACGUCUUCCUGAUUGACGACUUGGUCCACUUCACCUUGAAGGAAUGGAACAGAUUGUCUGUCUCCAUCACCGAAACCGAGGUUGCCAGAGGUAAGGCUGCUCUCAAGGCUCGGUUGUUGGCCCAGUUGAACUCUCCAUUGGCGAUUGCUUCCGAUAUUGGGUUAAAGACCUUGGCUUUGGGCAGAAGAGCUUCCGCUGAGGAAAUCAUCAGCAAGGUCGACGCCGUCACCGUCGGCGACAUCAAGAGAUGGUCUCAGACCGCCUUGUGGGACAAGGAUAUUGCUAUCUCCGGUACCGGUCAAAUCGAAGAUUUGUUCGACUACAACCGUAUCAGAAAUGACAUGUCCAUGAUGAGACUCUAAGCUACUGGGUUUUUUUGUCUGUUUGGUGUGGUGGAGGCGUCCGGGAGGAUUAAGUAGCGGUCUUAGAAGAUUCCGUUUUCUGCUUGAUACAUAUUUACACUGCUAGUUUAGUUUUCCAAAAAAAAAG